UACCCUCAGAUCAACUUGACAAGACACGGAUACUAAACAUAAACUCUACACUAAAAAUUAUUUACUUUAAGCAAAGAGGCAAACCCCAAAAGAAGCAUCAUGAGUAUCAAUUGGAAGGUCUGCUGGGAACCCGCUCAUCCUUUUCGCCCAGAGAGUGAUCAGCCAAAUAAAAAUAUCAGACACAAGACUUUUCAGCCAUCUUACGUGCAAGAAAAACCCCAAAUGUGCCUGAUCCUGUCCUGGCACUAUGGCCGCCAGUGGCUGGAGGAGCGCCAGGCCUACGAGAAUGCCAUUAAAGAGAAGACAAGGGUAUCCAAAAAUUUCAUUCCACCCGAUUUCAGCAAAUGGCUGGAGAAACGCAAACCAAACAAGACUCGCCGCGAAAGGGCUAAAUCUUGUUCCUGUUGCUUGAUUUAGAAUGAUGACCAUUGGUUCUUAAGAACCAGGCCUAAUAGCUGCUAAAAGCUCCUAUUUUAUUUAUGAUACCAAACGGCUAAAAUUUUAUAAAAUUGUUUCGAAUAAUGGCAACAUACUUUUACAU